GGAGGAACACCACACGCCUUCAUUGAUGAUUUCUAUCAUCCGCCCUGUCUAGUUUGGACUUCUCCCCGGCUUCCUUUUUCUCUUUCCACCAUUCUCAUUACUAUAUUACUUUCCCUACACUGAACGAACUUACCUCGCCGGGGAGCGCGACGACUUCCCCCCCAAAGCCGCCUGUACAUUGACUGCAAGCCAGCAUCAUGUCUUAUCCAAACCUUCCUCCAGCUCUCACACCUCAGCGACCACUACCCGGCGCAUUUUUCCAGACUCCUGGGCCGAACAAUGCUCAGAGUGCGCCAGCUUUCUCCCCGAAGCCAGCUCCUGCUCCCGCAGAGCAACCCUCACCAGCUUCUCUACCAAAGCUUCCUCCAGCCGCAUCAAAGUCGAAAAGUCAGACCUUAAGCACUGAAGAGCGCGCAGCUCGAACUGUUAAUGAUACGCUUAUCCAAGAAGCCCGCUACCCUGACCUGGACAGCUACCUUUCUCAAGGCUUCUCGUCCGAUUAUGAUAUCCCGGUUUCCCCAUCAUGGGCUCCUUUCCAGAAAGUGAAGAUGUAUAACAUUCCAGAUCAGAUCUUUGAUCAGUAUAACCGAGCGCAGGUCUCUACGAGCAUGGGUCUUUUCGCAGAGUUGAAUCAUGCAUGGGUUGCCAUUGACAACGCGCUCUACAUUUGGGACUAUACACACCCGAAUCCCCAGCUGGUGGGUUUCGAAGACCAACCAAACAGCAUUAAUGCGGUUAAAUUGGCCAAACCUCGCCCUGGGGUGUUCUUGCCUUCGAUCACACAUUUGCUCGUCGUAUCAACAACGGCAGACGUCAUCCUUCUUGGCAUGGGCUGUGAGACGACCGCUACAGGUGCACGCCAGGUGACAUUGUAUCAAACGGGUAUGUCGACGUCAAUUCGUGGCUUGGACAUCCACGUUAUCGCGUCGUCGGACGCCACCGGCCGUAUAUUCUUCGGUGGUUCUUCCGACAAUGACGUGUAUGAGCUCACGUAUCAACAAGAGGAGAAAUGGUUUCAAGGACGUUGCUCAAAGGUCAACCAUACUAGCUCGCGCUUGGGGGCCCUGACCCCCAGCUUAAGCUUCUCGAGCUUCACGCACAAGAUGUUCGAAAAUGUAGAGCAGAUGGAGAUUGAUGACAGCAGAAGGUUGCUCUAUACACUGUCUUCCUCGUCCACAAUCAGAGUAUUCCACAUGAAGCCCGACGGUACCCUUGCUUUAGCGAUCACUAAGCCUGCUAUGGACAUUUAUGCCAAUAUCGGGCAUAUAAUUGCAUCGAAUGAGACUCUGAAUCCCAAGGUCCCGAUCGUUUCCAUCAGUCCUAUUCCAGUUGCAGAGGCGUCCAGAUAUCAUUUGAUGGCUACCACUGCUACUGGCUACAGGAUCUACUUGAGUGCUACUGGUUCAUAUAGCUGGUCACCAUCACCCAACGGUACCAAUGCGCCUACGAGCAUGCAGGCUCACCAUGUUAAAACGCCUCCUUUCGAUGGCGGCUCCGCCAGUCCAAUGGGCCCGGCUUUCCAGGGUCAGGGCCGUUUCCAGCCGUCAGUAGCAAAGGUUCCAAUCCAUUCCCUUGACCCUACCAGGUUCACUGUCCGAUACCCCCCUGGUUACUUCUUUUGUUUCACAUGCAAGGACCCAACGCAGAAGACGGAUACUCUCUUCGUCUCUUCCCCUGAUUCUGGACGUGUUGCUCGUUCCCAAGAAAAUGUCAUUCCUGGCAAUGCUGGCGAGACAGCUAUCUGGCUUUCUCUGGGUAGCAGGGCGGAAGAUGUUGGUCUUUGCUCCCCAUCUACAGCAGCCUCAGCCACUCCCGGUGGCUUUGGUAACGAGCUUGCGGUUCAAUUUGACAACCCGGCCGCUGAAAUCGCCAUCUUGACUAACACUGGCAUCCAUAUUAUUCGUCGCCGACGUCUUGUUGACAUGUUUGCGGCCUUAGUCCGCGGCGGUGGUGACGGCGAUGAAGGCCUAGAAGGUGAAGUGAAGAACUUUAUUCGUACGUAUGGUCGCAGUGAGACACUUGCAACUGCUCUCGCGGUCGCCUGCGGCCAAGGCGUAGAGAUUUCUGUAGACUCACGCCUGACCCAGAUUAAUGACCCCCAUGUGCUCGAAUUUGCGCGCAAGGUCUUCAUCGAGUAUGGAGGCAGGCCCACAAUGAAUGAAAAUGCAGUAGCUGACAACUCUACGCCGGCGAUCGAUUCUGUUGUUCCGUCGCCCCGGCAUGCGGGCAUUGCUCUUUACAUGUCUAGACUGCUACGUACCAUCUGGAGGAAAGAAAUUGCUAAAGUUGGGCCCUCCCCCGGCGGGGCACAAACCAUUUUACCUUCUGUACCAUCCGCAAAGUUGCAAACUAUCCAACGAGAUCUAUCGGCGUUGCAGGAGUUCUUCAAAGCUAACAAGAGCUUUAUCGAGGGACUAAGUGGUCCAGAGGCCCUGGCACGUGUGUCAACCAAGCAAGAAGAAACUGCGCUUCAAGCGGAGCAUCGUGCCCUGCAUUCUCUUGUUCAACUUGUAUCCCACACCAUUGAAGGCAUUUCAUUCAUUCUGGUUCUGUUUGAUGAGCGGGUCGACGAGAUUGUUGCCACCUUGCCAGAUGACUCAAAGCAACGAUUUAUGAAGCUUACCUUCGAGGAGCUCUUCAGCACCAGCAAGGGUCACGAUAUCGCGAAGGAACUGGUCAAGGGAAUUGUGAACCGAAACAUCGCAAAAGGAUCCAAUGUGGAGACGGUUGCUGACGCUUUGCGGCGGCGGUGCGGCAGUUUUUGCAGCGCUGAGGAUGUGGUUAUCUUCAAGGCUCAAGAACUACUCAAGAGAGCGACUGAAGCUGGAUCCAACUCUGAACUAGGCCGCAAUUUGCUCAAUGAAAGUCUUCACCUAUUCCAGCAGGUUUCCGAGAGCUUGCCGAUGGAUUACCUGGUUUCUGCAAUUGAAAACUUCAUUUUUAAUCAAUUCUUCGCUGGCGCUAUCCAGCUUGCACUCAAUGUUGCCGCACGUUCAGACAAAGCUAACAUGGCGCUUUCGUGGAUUGUCGAUGGUCGUCCGGAGAAUGAUUCUCGGAGUGACUACUUCUAUUUCAGAAAACAGUGUUAUGAUCUCAUCUUCAAGGUUAUCAUUGCUGUGGAUAACCUUGCAGCUCACGACCCUGGUGUUGUUGACGGACAACUCACUGUCAUUGCCAAGCGCAAGAACGAAGCCUAUGGGGUUAUCUCUGACUCUAUUGAUGAGGUGUUUUUGACCAGCUUGUAUGACUGGUACUUAGAGCAGGGCUGGAGUGAGCGCUUGCUUCACGCAAACUCCGCAUUUGUGGUUACCUAUCUUCAGCGGAAGUCGACGGACGAUAUUGCGCAUGCGGACCUCCUAUGGAGGUACUAUGCUCAGUCAGAGCGCUUUUUCGAAGCUGCCAAGGUUCAAUUCCAUCUUGCACAGAGCGCCUUUACUCUCCCUCUUGGUCGCAGAAUCGAGUAUUUGGGCCGUGCCAGGGCCAACGCUUCAACAUUCACGCCGGAUGUUGGACGGCAGCCCCGACAGCGCUUGUUGCAGGAUAUCUCGAACCUAAUUGACCUUGCAAACAUUCAGGAUGACCUUCUGCAGCGCCUGAAAGAUGAUAAGCGCUUAACUUCAGAACGCAGGACGCAGGUUCUUGCAGAUGUUGACGGCCCCAUCAUGGAUAUUAGCACGUUGUUCAACCAAUAUGCCGAUCCUGCAAGCUACUACGAUAUUUGCUUGCAAAUAUUCUACUUAGCUGAUCACAGGAACCCAACAGAUAUCCGUUCCACGUGGCAGCACCUGCUACAAGAUCUGCACGAUGAGACCGUCGAGAAUGGAGAGCCUCAGCCAUAUGAAGCUGUAAUUGAUAAGGUGCGCAGCUUGGGAAGCCGGUUGCGCAUGUCCGAGAUAAUAUUCCCGAUCCCCACUCUUUUGCCCAUGCUUGAGCGCUAUGCCCUGGAACACCAGCGCGGUGUUGGACCAGCAACAUGGGUUGUCGAUCUAUUCCUCGACCUCGGAGUCGCUCACGAAACCCUCUACACUGUCCUCGAAUCCAUGUACUACACAGAUGAGGCACCCUUCCACGGCACAAACCGGAAAUACAUAGCUAAGGACCUCCUCUAUCUUAUCGAGCACUGGUUCCACGAUACCGUCCGCUUGGGCGGAACCGUCUUUGGCAGCGACGUGGUUGCGGAACGCAUCACGGAGACGCUGCUUUUGCUACAGCAGGGCGGCAGCACCCCCCCGGAACAAUUGCAAUUGGCCAAUGAGCUGCGGACACGGGUUGAAGAUAUACUGCGGUAAUUAAUGGAUGCAAUUAUGUGGCGCAACUAAAAAGAAUUUAUAUCAUUAUUGUCAAUUUACGUGCGUUGAUUCCAUUGUACUAGCUAGCCAUUUAAAGUUCAUCGUUGUAUGUUGUUGGUCGGUUCAUAUCAUAGGUUUUGGCUGUGCAGGGUAGGCAGGCAGGUAUAUG